AUGGCGAUGCCGCAUCUGCGCCAAACAGCGCGUCCAAGUGAGCGGGAAGGCUACACAAACUUAAUCGACCAUCUGCAGCGUGCGGGCUCCGACGCUACUAUCGACUCGGCGUACAAGCACAUCCUGAGACAUGGUACAUCCAUCCCUGUGGUGAACGUCUCGUCGCUCGCUAAAGAUAUCCAUGAAUGGAUCGAGUGGACAGUCAUGGAAAACCGACCUUUGAGUUUUUGGGAGUGUGAGUUGGUGAGAAAGAACACGACACUACCGAAGAUAAACGCUAAGUCACGGAAGGGACACAUUCGCGCACUGGUUGAUGUCGUUCGCUCCGAGAUCAAGGCGAAUCUGGCCGGACAGUGGCUAGGUCUUGUCUUCGAUGGUUGGUCCAAAAAUGGGUAUCACUUUGUCAUACGUUCGCCGUCGUCCCCUCCGAAGAUCCAUCUGACCCCACCAAGCGUGAGGUUAAUCUACUUUCGUUUAAACCACUCAAAACCAGAAACUUUGGCUCGGACGCCAUCAUCGACGUUUUUGAUGACGUACUCGAUGAGAGACAAUGCUAGUGUCAACAUUUCGGUGGGAAAGAAGGUGAAAGUUCCGUAG